AUUUAGCGGGGUUUUCCACGUAACUCUGUGUGUUCAUUUUAUUACUUUUGCUCUACUAUUCACUGGGACCUUGCACUAUUAGGCCCCGGAUUUGUCCCAACAUACACAACAUCCACUUGUUUCGAGCAAAUGCAUGGCAACAAAAGCAAUCAACCAAGUACCACUCAUGCAAAAUUUUAUAACAAAAAAAAUGAGAAGAAAAAAGAAAUUAUUUCACAGCCAAUGCUACUUGCUCUACUCUAUAUAUGUAUGGAUAAGCAACCCCAUCACUUCCACUCCUCACAAGAGCAAAUGGCAGUCUCGGUCAUACUACUACUACUACUCUCUUUCAUUAUCAUCCUCCCAUUCCUUCUCUCCUCAUACAAAUCCAGAUCAAAAUCCAAACCCAAUGCCCCGCCAGGCCCACGGCCGCUACCCAUCAUCGGAAACCUCCACCAGGUCGGCCCCAUCGCCCACCGCUCCUUCUACAUUCUCUCCAAGACCUACGGCCCCCUCUUCCGGCUAAACCUUGGCAAAGUGCCUGCACUUGUCAUCUCCUCCCCUUCCGUCGCCCAACAAGUCCUCAAAACUCACGACCUCGCCUUCUGCUCCCGACCUCCUCUCAUCACCUUUCAAGAAUACUCCUUCAACGGCUGUGACGUCGCUGCAGCUGCAUACGGCGAUCACUGGUGCAACCUGCGCAAGAUCUUCAUCCUCGAGCUUCUCAGCUCUAAGAAGCUCCCCUCGUUCGUAUCAGCCCGUGAACAAGAGACACAAAUGAUGGUGGAGUCGAUCAAAGCUCGUGCUGAUGACAAAUCGGUGGUUAACAUCACUGCACACAUGAUACGGAUGGCUAACAAUCUCAUAUGCAGGGUUGCGUUCGGGUACAAGGAUGAAGGUGAGUAUGGAGAGAAGAGUAGGUUUCAGGAGAUUCUUCAUGAGGCUCAUGGUUUGAUGGCGAGUCUUUUCGUGGCUGAUUACUUCCCAGGGUUUGGAUGGAUCGAUCUGUUGACUGGGCAGAUGAGGAGGCUGAAGAGGAACUCGAGGAAGCUUGACGAGUUCUAUCAGGAGGUGAUCGACCAACAUUUGAAGGAUGGGGAGAAGGAGGAGAGUUCUGAAGAGUACAUUGUUGAUGUUAUGUUAAGGUUGUGGAAAGAAGGAGAGCAGCUCUCUAUGGAUCAUAUCAAGGGAGCUCUCAUGAAUAUUUUCAUUGCGGGAACAGACACAUCUGCAGCGACAGUUAUAUGGGCAAUGUCAGAGCUCAUGAGGAACCCGGCGGUGAUGAAGAAAGCGCAACGCACAGUGAGAGAAGUGGUAGGAAAUAAAGGAAAGGUUGAGGAAGCUGAUCUCCCUAAGCUUCGGUACAUCAGGUUCGUAAUAAAUGAGACUCUGAGGUUGCACCCUCCACUUCCUUUAUUGAUACCAAGAGAAACAACCCAGCACUGCAAGAUCAACGGUUACGAUAUCGAUCCGAAGACUAGGGUGUUUGUCAGCGCGUGGGCGAUAGGGAGAGAUGAAGAAUCUUGGGAGAACCCCGAGGAAUUCAAUCCCGAUAGGUUCAUUGGAAUCUCAGUCGAUUACAAGGGCCAUGAUUUCAAGUUCUUACCAUUUGGUGCGGGUCGAAGAAUCUGCCCAGGCAUCAACUUUGGAGUCGCGAGCGCAGAGCUCGCUCUCGCGAAUUUACUUAAUGCUUUUAAUUGGGAAUUGCCACCUGGAACGAGGAAGGAAGACAUCGAUAUGUUUGAAGCUCCUGGUGUGGUGGCACACAAGAACACUGAUCUCUGUCUUGUUGCUGCAAAUAAUUAGAAUCUCAUCAGGUAAGAGCCUCUUUAAAAGGAGAAUGGGUGGUAACUCUCAAAAAAUCAAUGUAAACAAGGUUCCAAAGUUUGAUGUUUGCUAUGUAAUUUUAGGCUUAUAUGAAUUUCGAGCUUCUGGUACAAUCUAUGCCUAAUUUUUUUAUGGGA